GAACCUGCUGACGGGCCCUGUUAGUCCGAUGCACCGCUGUUUGGAGAAGAGGCCGAGACCUCACCUGGCAAUGAGAGAGGAGGCCUAGCAGGCGCCAUGGGCUCCCCCCGUGGCACCUCCCAGAGGCACAGAGACAGAUUCCUCAAGAUGCUGACGAGACUGCAGGUUCUUACCUUGGCUUUGUUUUCAAAGGGAUUUUUACUUUGUUUAGGGGACCAUAACUUUCAGAGGAAGGAGAUUAAAAUAGAAGGUGACCUUGUCUUGGGGGGUCUGUUUCCUAUUAACGAGAAAGGCACUGGGACCGAGGAUUGUGGGCGAAUCAAUGAGGACCGAGGGAUCCAGCGCUUGGAGGCCAUGCUGUUUGCGAUCGACGAGAUCAACAAGGACAGUUACUUGCUGCCUGGGGUGAAGCUGGGUGUCCACAUAUUGGACACGUGCUCAAGGGACACCUACGCCUUGGAGCAGUCCCUGGAGUUUGUCAGGGCGUCUCUGACCAAGGUGGACGAGGCCGAGUAUAUGUGUCCCGAUGGCUCCUACGCCAUUCAGGAGAACCUCCCUCUGGUCAUCGCAGGAGUCAUCGGCGGCUCCUACAGCAGUGUCUCCAUACAGCCAAGCUGCCUAAAUCCCGAGUUUGGCCCGUCUGCUGCGGCUCCCCGUCUGCGCUGUGGUGAGACCCGAGGGGGUUGCGACCACCACUCCCGCAGGAGGACCGUUUCCCCACCAAGCCCCGGGCACGGCCUGAAAAGGCUGAGGCGGCAGGGCCUUCUCUCGGGGGCGCUCACGCUGGAGCUGGCCGCGCGCCGCCUGCCGCAGUUCGACCGCUACUUCCGGGCGCUGUCGCCCGCCACCAACCUGCGCAACCCCUGGUUCCGCGAGUUCUGGGAGCAGAAGUUCCAGUGCAGCCUGCGCGGGGGCCCGCGGCGCGCGUGCCCCGAGCACCUGGCCCUGGACGCCAGCAACUACGAGCAGGAGUCCAAGAUCAUGUUCGUGGUGAACGCCGUGUACGCCAUGGCGCACGCGCUGCACCGCAUGCAGCGCGCGCUGUGCCCCAACACCACCAAGCUGUGCGAUGCCAUGAAGGUGCUGGACGGCCGCAAGCUGUACCGCGACUACCUGCUCAAGAUCAACUUCACAGCACCAUUCAUCACAAAUAAAGAUGAAGACAGCAUCGUCAAGUUUGACACUUUUGGAGAUGGAAUGGGACGAUAUAAUGUGUUCAAUUUCCAGGACACGGGUGGAAAGUACUCCUACCUGAAGGUCGGUCACUGGGCAGAAACCCUAUCCCUGGAUGCUGACUCCAUCCACUGGGCCCAGGACUCAGUCCCCACGUCCCAGUGCAGUGACCCCUGCGCACCCAAUGAGAUGAAGAGCAUGCAGCCCGGCGACGUCUGCUGCUGGAUCUGCAUUCCCUGCGAGUCCUACGAGUACCUGGCCGACGAGUUCACCUGCAUGGACUGUGGGCCUGGGCGCUGGCCCACCGCUGACCUGUCGGGAUGCUUCGACCUUCCUGAGGACUACAUCAAGUGGGAAGACGCCUGGGCCAUUGGCCCGGUCACCAUCGCCUGCCUGGGCUUCAUGUGCACCUGUGUGGUCAUAACUGUGUUUAUCAAGCACAACAACACGCCCCUGGUCAAAGCCUCGGGCCGGGAGCUCUGCUACAUCCUGUUGUUUGGGGUCAGCCUGUCCUACUGCAUGACAUUCUUCUUCAUUGCCAAGCCGUCGCCUGUCAUCUGCGCACUGCGCCGGCUGGGGCUGGGGACCUCCUUCGCCAUCUGCUACUCAGCCCUGCUGACCAAGACAAACUGCAUCGCCCGCAUCUUCGAUGGGGUCAAGAACGGCGCGCAGAGGCCAAAGUUCAUCAGCCCCAGCUCUCAGGUCUUCAUCUGCCUGGGUCUCAUUCUGGUGCAGGUCGUAGUAGUGUCUGUGUGGCUUGUCCUGGAGGCCCCCGGCACCCGGAGGUACACUCUCCCCGAGAAGCGGGAGACGGUCAUCUUGAAGUGCAACGUGCGUGACUCCAGCAUGCUGAUCUCGCUGGCCUACGAUGUGGUCCUGGUGAUCCUGUGCACAGUGUACGCCUUCAAGACGAGGAAGUGCCCCGAGAACUUCAACGAAGCCAAGUUCAUCGGCUUCACCAUGUACACCACCUGCAUCAUCUGGCUGGCCUUCCUGCCCAUCUUCUACGUGACGUCCAGUGACUACAGAGUGCAGACGACGACCAUGUGCAUCUCGGUGAGCCUGAGCGGCUUUGUGGUCUUGGGCUGUCUGUUUGCCCCCAAGGUGCACAUCGUGCUGUUCCAGCCCCAGAAGAACGUGGUCACGCACAGACUGCACCUCAACAGGUUCAGCGUCAGUGGAGCCGGGACCACCUACUCCCAGGCCUCCGCCAGCACCUACGUCCCCACAGUGUGCAACGGGCGCGAAGUCCUGGACUCCACCACCUCAUCGCUGUGACGGCGACUCCGGUUCAGCUCUUGUUUUUAGACUGUUAGACACACGUGCUCACGUGCAGCUCCAGAAUGCAGAGACAGAACAAAAGGACCCUAGAACCUUUUUUUAGAAGCAGUACAUAAAUUAUUUUUGAGGACUGUACAGUACAGUGACGUGCUAGGACUUUCUAGGCUGAUUUUAGUACCCCUAUUAUUAACGGUUCCCCAGAGCACAGAACUAACCAUUGUUUACAGAGCUGACAUUGGUGACAGGUCUGACAGGGUCAGUCUACUAAAAACUAUGGUGGCAAUAUUAGGUAGCGUUUUUUCCUAUCAAGUUUUUGUAGGUCCUUGUUGUAACUAAUUUAGGAUGAGUUUCUAUGUUGUAUAUUAAAGUUACAUUAUGUGUAACAUUGUUUUUCUGAGCACAAAAUAAAAAGCAUCUGUGUUAAUGUAAAGACGUCGGGAAUAAAGCCUUCGAGGUUUUCCAGCA